AUUUCGCGCAACAUGAGAGGUUUGCCCGGAACGAUAGUCCUGGCGGCGUGUUUGACCGCCUGCUCGGCUAUCUGUCGUCCCGGAUUGAACGGACGGGAAGAUUGGUACCAGUGCGAAGGAUUAAGCGACUUAAACUUACAGAUAUCAGCUGGAGCCGCGGGGAUCAAUAUCGUCAAUUCGAAUAUCAGCAAGAUAAAGACCGACGCGUUUUCCAAACUCUCCAAUUCGCUGAUAGAGCUAAACAUAACUGGCUGUGGCGUGGAGGAAAUCGAGCCAGACGCUUUCAGGGGUCUUAGUAAAUUGCAACUGCUCAGUUUGGUCGACAAUAAGAUACGAAAGAUCGAUGCUUCGUGGAUCAGAGGAUUAUCGAAUCUGAACAUGUUAGUCCUAUGGCGUAAUCGGAUCGUUGAUAUAGAUCCAGAGAUUUACGAUAUGCUUCCUGAACUACAAGUUUGGGACAUCGCUUACAACGAGUUGAACGCGUGUCUCAAGCCGGACAUGCUGAAGAAACUGAAGAAACUUCGACGAAUUUUGAUCGCCGGCAAUCCGUGGUCGUAUCGAUGCCGCUCCUCGAUGACGUGGUACCUAGGUAGCAAUCACAUUCGUUUCAUCAAAGACUGGAGCAUCAGCGAUCUGCUGAUCGAGGAAUGUUUGGCGCACGAGAUUGGCGCCGAGCAAGACGACGCGAUUUUAAAUAGAUGCGUCGAUCGUAAAGUAGGAUCCUCAGACACUCUGCCGUAUGACGUGGCCGGUUUGAACGAGCAAGUUCGCGAACUGACGAAAAAGGUUAUCGGUUUAGAAGCUGACGUAGCUCGGCUGAAGAAAUCGAAAAUGUAAUCGUAUUUUUGCUUAUUCUUCCAUGUUUCGUUCUUUGAAUAUCGAUGUUUAUACUUAGAUCUUAAGUUACGUAUCAGAGUAAAGAUUAGGAGAUAAAUAGUACUCGUUGUAAG